AGGAAACAAAGAAGAAAAGGACAUGGCGGCCACGAAGCUCUUUCUUUUCCUUCUUCUGAUAUUUUUUUCUUCUUUCUUCCAAACACCCACGUUUGCUAGUAAGAAGAAAUCUUAUGUGGUGUAUUUAGGUGCCCAUUCUCAUGGCUUCCAACCUUCUUCCAUCGACUACGAACGUGUCACGAACUCCCACCAUGAGUUCUUGGAAUCAUUUGUCGGGAGCAAAGAGAAGGCGAAAAAUGCCAUCUUCUACUCCUACACGAACGAUAUUAAUGGUUUUGCCGCAAACUUAGAAGCGGAGGAAGUCAAUGAGAUAUCAAAGCAUCCAGACGUUGUAUCGAUUUUCUUGAACGAGAAGGUGAAGCUACACACGACUCGGUCAUGGGAGUUCCUGGGGCUGGAGAAGAAUGGCGAGAUUCCUGAAGGAUCGUUGUGGCAGAAGGCGAAGUUUGGCCAGGAUAUAAUCAUUGGGAAUCUUGAUACAGGCGUUUGGCCGGAAUCAGAGAGCUUCAAUGACGACGGAAUGGGGCCCAUUCCCGUGAGGUGGAAGGGAUCAUGCGAUAGUGAUGGUGGAGUUCGUUGUAACAGGAAACUGAUCGGAGCGAGAUACUUUAAGAAAGGCUACGAGGCACGACUUGGACCAAUCAACGCCACACUCUCAACAGCACGUGACACCGAUGGCCAUGGGACCCACACUCUCUCAACGGCUGGUGGUAGCUUCGUUCCAGGAGCAAACAUCUUCGGUUAUGGCAACGGUACAGCGAAAGGCGGAUCACCCAACGCCCGUGUGGCCGCAUACAGAGUCUGCUGGCCUAGCUGCUUCGACGCCGACAUCAUCGCAGCCUUUGAUGCCGCAAUCCACGAUGGCGUCGACGUGUUAUCAAUCUCCCUUGGUGGGCCACCCCGUUCUUACUUUAGACACGGCAUCUCCAUCGGUUCAUUCCAUGCUGUGAUGAACGGUAUCGUCGUCGUCUGCUCAGCUGGAAACUCCGGCCCAUAUAGUAGUUCGGUUGAGAAUGUAGCUCCUUGGAUCAUGUCUGUGGGGGCCAGCACAAUGGACAGGGAAUUCCCAUCAUAUGUCCAGCUUGGCAAUAACAAGACCAUCAAAGGACAGAGCCUCUCAACAACAGCCCUUCCGGCCGACAAAUCGUAUCCAUUGAUUAUAUCCAUUGAUGCUCGAUCAGCUAAUUCAACGGCUAGACUAGCCAACUUCUGUCAACCAAGGUCCCUUGAUCCUAAGAAGGUAACAGGAAAGAUCGUCGCCUGUACAGCUGGAUUAAGUAGUGUGCGGGAGGGCGAGGUAGUCAGACUUGCGGGCGGCAUUGGGGCGAUUAUCAUGAAUGGACCCGAUACCGAAAUCGAGGCCCGGCCUCACGUCCUACCAGCUUCGGAUAUCGCUGAGGACGGCCGUAUCACCAUAUUCUCCUAUAAUAGAUCUACUGCAUCACCAACAGCUUACAUUACGCGGCCAACGACAGAAAUUGGAACUAAGCCCGCACCAACUAUGGCUGUAUUCUCAUCACUUGGGCCCAAUCCAAUCACACCGGAGAUCCUCAAGCCGGAUAUUACUGCACCAGGAGUUAGUGUCCUUGCAGCAUAUACCCAGUCCACCGGGCCUAGUGAUCUCGCUUCGGAUCGACGCCAAGUUCCCUUCAACAUAAUAUCUGGGACGUCCAUGGCAUGCCCUCAUAUUUCCGGCAUUGCCGGCCUUCUGAAGACGGUCCACCCCGAAUGGAGCCCAUCAGCAAUCAAAUCAGCAAUCAUGACCACUGCACAAACAGUAGACAACACAGGAGGGCCCUUGAGAGACUCUUUUUUAUCUGUGGCCAACCCUUUCAGCUAUGGUGCAGGACAUGUGGACCCAAACCGUGCUGUGGACCCUGGUUUAGUGUAUGACCUAACUAACGAUGACUACUUGAAUUUCUUAUGCGCCAUCGGAUACAACCAGACCCAGUUUGCGAGAUUCACUACACAACCAUAUUCAUGUGAUCCCAAGUCCUUAAAUAUCUUAAACUUCAAUUAUCCUUCGAUAACCAUUCCACAUCUCUCGGGCCUGACCACCGUGAGCCGGACGGUGAAGAAUGUGGGCAACCCAAGCACGUACACAGCCCGCAUCAAUGCACCGCCAGGAAUUUCUGUGUCGAUCGAGCCCGUGAACUUGACAUUUGUGAAGAUUGGUGAAGAGAAAACAUUCAAGGUGAGUCUACAGGCCAAGGAAGGUGGAGUGGCCAGUGAGUAUGUAUUUGGGCAGCUGAUGUGGUCUGAUGGUAUGCACGACGUGAGGAGUCCUAUAGUUGUGAACGCAACAAAAGCCUGAAAAGGUUUUUUUUCUGCAGAAAAAAAAAGGCUACCACAAAUGCUAGAAACAACCACCAAACAGACUGACAAACAUUCACUCCACAGCUAUACCAAACACAAUGGAAGCAGGACGGAGAAAAAAAAGCCACAGCUGCCAACAGGAGCCAGCAACAAAAAGCCUGGAAAAGGGUUGAAUUGGCUUAAUGGCUUUGGAUUGGGGUUUUUGUGAUUGUACAAGUUCACGUGUAGUAAUUUUACUAUUUAUAGUAAGUCAUGUUUUUAAGGUGUUUGAGUUAGAGUCUAAGUCUAAAAUUCUAUCCUAGGUUUGUGUUCCUUAUUUAAAGAGUUGUAAUUUCAUUUUUUAUGAUUAAUCAAAUUAUUUUAAAUUUAUUAGGAAUUAUUGCUGA